AUGUUCUUUUUAAACCAUCCAUAUGACGACCAUAUUUCUACCUCGAAUGUUGACCAUACUGGUGAUUCCGUCACAUUUCCGGAACAGGCUUAUAAUGCCCACGCCGACCAAAAUCAUCAUGAUUCGGCAAUGGAUUCGAAAGAAUCGAUUCGUAAUUCCGUAAGUCCAAAUACUUCUGGACACUAUAACCUAUUGGUUAUUAUUAGUUCACCGAUGUCUGAAUUGAAAUCAAGGAAAUUGUUGAGAAAAUAUUUAUUCGGAAUAAAUGAUAACUUGGAUUCAUGUAUGAAACAAGAAACCAACAUCUACUACAAAUUCCUGGUGCCUCCAUAUAACAAAAAACGUAACGACGUCUUACGCGAAUACACUGCCGAGUUGAUAGAAUAUAAUGAUAUCAUAGAAUUUCAGGUGCCAGCUGGUCAAAGUUGGCAGAGAACCAUUUUAGAGUGGGCACAGUCUCUUGAUAAGAAACGGAUUACUUAUAACCAUGUCGUCAUCCUCGAUGUUCAUUCCAUAAUCAAUCUUGAGAAGAUACAACAAAUUUUGGAUUCCUCUCUUAUAAAUGGUCAUCGUUUAAAUACCAAGCGGAAGAGUAAUCUCGUAUGGGGCCUUUUUGAUGUACAAGGUGGUGAUGAUAUGUUUGUCGUACUUGGCCAAAAGGCUAUUGCUACGAUUUUAAAUGAAAAUGAAAAUGACGUUAAUCCGAUAGCACAGGCGUAUCAACAUCGUUCAAAAAAGGGCUCACUUUAUUUCAUAAACGAUCAUAUUGGAAUGUUGGAUUGGUCGAAUUCAAUUGAAAAUAUUCCCACCGAAACCACCAUUGCUGUUGGUCAUAUUUACCAAGAAAAGGAAGUAGGAGAUUUGGUCGUGCAUUUGAAUUUACCAGCAACGAAGAUUUGUUAUCCACGAACUCUCAAGGAGGAGGAUAAACCAUCUAUCGCCGUUGUCACCAGUAGUUAUGUGUACGAGAACUUUUGUAUGCUUCCGGCAGCUGUUGAAGCUGCUGAUAAUAAAAGGGAUUACGCAUUGAGGAAUGGAUAUGCCUUUGUUGCUAGAUCAUUGGAAUUUGCUCAACAACAUUAUAAGGGGAGGAAAGCUGUCUGGGGUAAAAUUGACGCCUUGGAAAAGGUUCUCCCUCAUUACGAUUGGUUAUUCUGGAUCGAUAUGGAUGCAAUAAUCGCGAAUCCCGCUGUCACCAUUGAAGAUCUUUUGGAAAAAUUUUCUGGAAUAGUUGGUGGAAAAGAAAAUUUUAAUGACAUAAACCUAAUCGUCGCACGACCAGAGGGCGAUCCGAGUAUUAAUGCGGGUGUCUUCUUGAUGAGAAAUUCUGAUUGGAGUAGACAAUUUUUGCGGGAUGUACAAAAACAGAAAAAUUACUUCAACUUUAGAAUGUAUGAACAACGUGCUAUGUGGAAUAUGGUCCGGAAACCCAAAUAUAGAUCUGGGACAUUACUACUAGAUAAUGAUGAUCAUACCUUUAACACAUUCCCUCACCUCUAUCAUCCUGGCGACUUUGUUAUUCAUUUUGCACCCGACUCAUGCCCGGCAAAACCUCUUCUCAAAGCGCUCGCAAACUUGAAAGAAACUGAGGCAGAUAUUCACAUAGAAAUUCUUUGA